AUGCAAAUGAGGGCGCGCGCGUUACACCCGCCCGGUGAGCAGCAGGAGAGCGCGCGGACAGCCGAGCGAACCGGGGGUGGAAUGCACACUCUGCACGAGCCACGACUUUUCGGCCUACACACACACGCGCGCGCGCGCACGCACACACACACACACACACACACAACUUUAUAUGGUUAAAUGUAGCCUAAUGUAGAGAUAUUAUGGACCAGGUUCGUUUGGCCCUGAUUUAGUCGCGUGCAGCUGAUCAUCCGACACCGUCUGAGCUUCCCGGUGCUUCAACAUUUUUUAAUUUAAUUUUUAAUUUUUAUUUUUUGUUAUGAGGUGAGAAUGAGCACGAACUCGCAGGACAAGUGCGCGAGCGCUCCGGUUUCCAGCUUCACCAUCCGCUCCAUCCUGGGCGCACCAGCCGAUACGGGAAGCUCGGCGGAUGUGGACAAGAGCCCCACGGCGGCGACCCCGCGGAAGCGCGCGCUCUCGGUGUCCGUGUCCUGCUCCGAGGAUGAGGCGAGCGGGGCGGAGGCGGAAGACGCGGCGGACUGCUGCUGCUCCGAGCCCGGACUUCCGGAACCGUGCAGCCGGCACCGCGCGCUCACUUUCCCCUGCCUCGGUGCGACUAAAACUCUUCUCCCGGGACCGGAAGUGAUGGAUCGCGCGCACCAUCGUCACCUUGCGCAGUCGUUAUUACCGGAUUACCGGGAAGAGCAUCAGCGGGAGAGGGAGCGCACGUGCGGUCGUAUGUCUCCCGUUUCCGCGGAGCAGCAGCGCGAGGGAGUGGAGAAGCAGACCGGAAGUGCAGGAGGAGCAGCAGGAGGAGGAGGAGGAGGGAGCUCGGCGAAGAAGAAGACGCGCACGGUGUUCUCGCGCAGCCAGGUGUACCAGCUGGAGUCCACGUUCGACGUGAAGCGCUACCUGAGCAGCUCGGAGCGCGCGUGCCUGGCCUCGAGCCUGCAGCUGACCGAGACUCAGGUGAAGACCUGGUUCCAGAACCGCAGGAACAAGUGGAAGCGGCAGAUCUCCGCCGAGCUCGAGGCGGCCAACGCCGCGCACGCGUCCGCCGCACACGCGCUCGUCGGCGUGCCGCUCGUGUUGCGGGAGAACUCGCUGCUGCGCGUGCCCGUGCCGCGAUCCAUCGCGUUCCCGACGCCUCUGUACUACCCCGGAAGUAAUCUACCCCCGCUGCCCUUGUACAAUCUCUACAACAAAGUCGAAUAUUAACUCACCGCACAGCACAAACAAUUACUCAUCAUCAUCAUCAUCAUCAUUAUAAUAAUUAUUACUAUUAUUAAAAAACCCCGAAAAUAUGGUUGAAGGAAUCCACAUUUAUACCGACAUUUCUAAUUAUGCAGCGAUGAAACGAUCCCGUGUGUAAAAGAGAAAGAGAGAAAGACAGGAACGAACAGAAGGAGAAACAGAAACAUAACGGACCCCGGCGGAGCGUCUCUCCUGUACAUGUCCUAUAAGAUACACCGUGUGUAUACUGGAUUAUUUUGUACCUUUAUUUACAUUUUCUGUCUCUUUAUUAUAACCAGUUUUAGACGGUGAGGAGGAAAAACUGGAUGAACUUUAUGGCUUUCUGCUUUGAAGGAAAAAGGAUUUAAAAAAAUAAAAGUGAACGUUGAAAUGAAAAGGGUUUAACACUCCACACUGUGUACCAGAGAGAGAGAGAAUGAGUGAGUUAAUGAGAGAGAGAGUUAAUGAGAGAGAGAGAGACAAUGAGUAAGUUAAUGAGAGAGAGAAUGAGUGAGUUAAUGAGAGAGAGAGAGAGAGAGAGAGAGAGAGAGAGAGAAUGAGUGAGUUAAUGAGAGAGAAUGAGUGAGUUAAUGAGAGAGAAUGAGUGAGUUAAAGAGAGAGAGAGAAUGAGUGAGUUAAUGAGAGAGAGAAAAUGAGUGAGUUAAUGAGAGAGAGUGAGUUAAUGAGAGAGAGAGAAUGAGAGUUAAUGAGAGAAUGAGUGAGUUAAUGAGAGAGAAUGAGUGAGUUAAAGAGAGAGAGAAAAUGAGAGUUAAUGAGAGAAUGAGUGAGUUAAUGAGAAUGAGUGAUUUAAUGAGAGAGAGAGAAAAUGAGUGAGUUAAUGAGAGAGAGAGAAUGAGUGAGUUAAUGAGAGAGAGAAAGAAUGAGUGAG